UACGGAACGCACAAGCCGUGUUACAGGAAAAACCUGUCGAAUCGUAGUACAUGUCCGCUCGUAUAAAACCCGAUACCUCCCACCGCCGACGUUUACUCUCGGCCGAUCUGCAUCUCGUGCUGACGUCUCAUUAAAACAAAGUAACAAAAUGCCUGUUGAUUUGUACUACGUGCCUGGCUCCGCGCCCUGCCGAGCGGUGCUGCUCACUGCGCGUGCUCUCAACUUAAACCUCAACUUGAAACUAGUGGAUCUGCAUCACGGCGAACACCUUAAACCUGAAUACCUUAAGAUAAAUCCUCAACACACAGUCCCGACUCUAGUAGACGAUGGCUACCCGAUCUACGAGUCACGUGCUAUCAUAACCUACCUCGUGAACAAGUACGGAAAGGGAAGUGCGCUCUACCCCGAAGACCCAAAAGCGAGGGCACUCGUCGAUCAACGCUUGUACUUCGACAUUGGAACUUUGUAUCAGAGAUUCGGUGACUACUUCUAUCCACAAAUCUUCGGAGGUGCGCCCGCUGAUAAGGAUAAGCUAGCUAAAGUAGAGGAUGCCCUCAAAUUAUUGGACACUUUCCUCGAGGGACAAAAGUAUGUCGCUGGCGCCAACCUUACCGUAGCAGAUCUCAGCAUCGUCGCUGGCGUCUCCAGCUUCGAAGCGUCUGACAUUGACUUUAAGAAAUAUGCGAAUGUUAAGAGGUGGUACGAAACCGUGAAGUCCACAGCACCUGGAUACCAAGAAGCCAAUGAGAAGGGUCUGGACGCGUUCAAGGCUCUCGUAAACAGCCUCCUAAAGAAGUAAUUCCUAUUCGUGUGAACUAAACCGAACAGAUGUUUUCUAUUCACUAAUUUUAAGUACAACACCGCUUGCUAUUUGACUUAUGAUUGUAAUAUAAGUUGUAGAAAUUAAGGCACAAUAAACGAACUGAAAUUCUACCUUA